AUGAUUGGUGCUGCCGUGCCUGCUUUGACUGUCGGCCUGGCCGGCGCUAUCACCGAGAUCCUGCUGAUCACCGGCUGCAUUUCCGGCAUGCUGCCGGUGGCUUUGGCCCUGCUGCCGCAGAAGAUGGAGAUCGCUGUGGCAAAGCUGGAGCCAGAGUACCAGAACCUGAAGGACUCGAAGGGCCAGCCCAUCACCAAGGUCUAUGCUAACAAGGGCCUGUAA